AUGGAAGUUAAAAAAAAGCACCGACAGCUAAAACAGGGCUAUCUCUACAAGAAAAGUGUAAAAACUCUAAACAAAGACUGGAAGAAAAAAUACGUGACGCUUACCACUGAUGGGCGACUCACAUAUCACCCGACGCUUCACGACUACAUGGAUGAAGUUCAUGGAAAGGACAUCCCUUUAAAGCACACGACUGUCAAAAUUCCGGGUCAAAAGCCUAGAGGUUCGCGUCCUAUUCAUACCAUCCCCUCUCCCCACCAGCACAACAAUGACAUCACUCCUUCACUCAAUUCAUUGUCUUUAGGUGUUUGUGACGCCGACCAGCGAUUGGUGCCCAUCACUAACCCCAAGUCAGACACUCCCAGCUUUAAGAAGCGCAACCGUCGGACCAAAAGCAGUGGCAAUAAGAAUAACGACUCGAUUGACGACUCAGACGGCUAUGAGUUUGUGAUCGUGUCGCUGGAGAACAAGCACUGGCACUUCGAUGCUAACAGUGCCGAGGAGAGGGACUCUUGGGUCACUGCCAUCGAGCAGCAGAUACUGUCGAGUCUGCAGAGUAUGGAAAGUGAGAAAUCCAAGUAUAAGAACAGCACUUCCGUCGACGAGUCGGCCAUUCAGUCCAUGCGAACGGUUCCCGGAAAUAAAUACUGCGUUGACUGCGAUUCCCUGAACCCCGACUGGGCGUCACUCAAUUUGGGAGCUCUCAUAUGUAUUGAAUGCUCCGGAAUUCACCGCAAUCUCGGCACUCAUAUAUCCAAAGUACGAUCACUUGCUUUGGAUGAUUGGCCGUAA